AUGAAAUUGGAUCGUUGCAAGGUUUUGAUCCUUGUCUUCUUAGUAGAUGGUACAGGUGGAGCGUCCAUUGGAUCCUAUAAGUCUCCUGGGCCAAAUGGCAUCAAUCCCAAGAUGCUACAGGAGGACUUUGACUGUCUUGACGAUAGCUUUGUCGCUUUGUUAAGAGCGUGUAUUAGGUACUCCUAUCUACACUUGUCGUGGAGGAGGGUGAAGGUCGUCUUCAUACCGAAGGCUGAGAAGCUGGAAUGGAGUGUGCCCAAGGACUUGAGGCCGAUUAGUCUCUAUUCCUUCUUCGUGAAGACGUUGGAGAGGAUUCUAAACUUUAAUAUAAGAGGUAAGCUAAGAAGGGACUAUUUCUCUAAGUGUCAGCACGCAUGCAUCAAGGGCAAGUCGGUUGAUACUGUGCUUCAUAGUGUGGUGCAUUACUUGGAGAGGGCUCUUCAGUUCGAGGAAUUUACGUUGCAGGCAUUUCUGGACAUGGAGAGAGCAUUUAACAAUGUACACCCAUUGGCCAUAGGGGCAGCUUCAAUAGGCUUUGAGAUUUAUAAGUGCGACCAGAUUCUUGAAGGUGCUGCUCUAACUCCACCGCCCCCACCAUCACCACAUAGCGACAGAAGCAUGAUCAAAGCCACGAAAAUGUUGAAGAAACCUUCAACAGAUUUGUACAAAACCAAAUUAAAAAUGAAAUCAAAUGAGAAACCAUCAUCUUCAGAUCACACAAAUGACGAGACUCUAGUCUGUUCGUUGGGUGGUUGUUCUGGUUCACUGGUUUCCGCAACGUCAACGAUCAUCGAUCAACAACCUUUGAAAAAGUUCAGCUUAAAGGGAAAUCAGCUGAGCGGUAGCAUCUUAAUUGGAAAUUAUAAUUAUUUGACCCAAUUGGAGGUUAGUGAAAACGAAAUGGAAGUCUUGGAUUUGAGUUCUUUGGCACAAUUGGAGACCUUAAAAUGCAGCCAUAAUAAAUUGCUCGAACUUAUGAUAAAUGGCAGUAAUUUAACAUCAUUGGUGGCCGAUUCUAAUUGCCUUCAUCUCAUUCAAAUUUCUCCGAUUCCUCAGAAACUUUAUCAUGUCAACAUAUCCAACAAUUAUUUCACCGAAUUGCCCAAGUGGCUGAAUGAAUGUGAAAUGCUGGAGACUCUCAAUGCUUCACAUAAUCAAUUGCAAAAGGUCACUGAUUUUCUUUUGACAAGUAAGACGACUAGAAUACGUGAUCUCAAUUUGGCCUACAAUAAUUUAAGGAUAAUAGAACGUUUGCCGGAACGCUUUAGGCCCUUGGAAUAUUUGCAAUUGCAGAGCAACGAAUUGCAAUUGUUGACGGACAAUCUAUUUGCCAUAACCAAAGGAUCGUUGAAGCUAUUGAAUUUAUCGUGCAAUAAAUUGCAAAUACUACCACCAGUAGAGGAUCAUGACAUUAACAGUGGGGGAGGAGAAGUUGUGGAAUUUGCUCUAGAACGUCUGAUGGUGACAAGUAACAAUUUGGAUGAUCGAAUUUUUGAGGUUCUGAGCCAGGCUAAAAAUCUCAGAGUGCUGUAUGCGGCCUACAAUAAAAUUUCGGCCAUAACCGAGGGGUGUCUGGAACAGUUGGACAAGUUGGAGGAGUUAAUGUUGUCGGGAAAUUUAUUGCAGCAUCUACCGGAAAGUAUUUGCGACCUAAAGAGUUUACAAGUUUUAAGGGUUCACUCAAAUCUUCUCCUCUUCACACCUGGCCUCAGCAAGUUGGCUACACUGAAAGUUCUGGAUCUGGCCCACAACCAUUUGGAUCAUUUAGAUUUAGUGAGCUUGGUGCCAAAAAACCUAAAGUAUUUGGACUUGUCGUGUAAUCUGCAACUUCAAUUGGAUGAGCAUCAGGUGACAGUGUGUCGAAGUCAACGCAAAUGGAGCUUAGUAGAUGUUUCGGGGAAAAAUCGCAUCAACUUGCCAACGAAAAAAUCCGCAGAGCAAAAAGAAGUCGUGGGGCAUGCGAAUUCCUCGCAUAAGCCUCCUUGGCAGGUGGGUUUUUCCGAGACUCCAGGAAAGCACCGCAAGUUGUUGGUUAUACAAUUGCGCGAGUCGAAAUUUCGAACUGAAGAGGCUUUGUUUGGCAUGUUUGUAAGUGCCACCAAUCAUUCGACAAAUGCUUCCAAAAUGGCCCAGAUGAUUCCAAAGCUAUUGCAACAGGAGCGAACAGUGAAAGAGAACAUAGGGGAUUACAUGAAGUACACUCUGCUGGCUGCCCAGCAGAAGAUGGCCGAAAAACCUCCCCAGGCUUCAAUGUUGUGUCAUAUAUCCCGCGAAAACACUCGGAGCAAAGAUAUGGUACGACCCCAAAAGACUAAGAGAUAUAUUUUGAGAAUUGCUGGCAUUGGAGACAUAGGAGCGUAUCUGAUACGCCGCACCACCAAUGUGGAGUUGAUAGCCAAGGCAACUCCCCAUCAACAAUUUUUGAACUCCACCAUGAAUUUGACAGAUCCUACAGUGGCGGAAUGGAUACUGGGCAAUGAUGAUGAAUAUCUGGUGCUAUGUAAUCCUGGCAUACGCUCUGUCCUAGAUAUCGAUCGUAUUUCCCGCGAAAUACGCAAAGAGGAAAAUGUGGUGUUGGCAGCAAAGCGGCUGCAAGAUUUGGCCCAAAGCUUUGGCUGCGAAGAGAAUCUAAGUGUGAUAGUCUUAAGAUUUAAAAAUAUUGCAACCGAUGUCGACCAUCUCAUUAAGGAGCUCAAACAAACGGUGCGCCGAAAGCCUCAGACUCUAGCAGCAACACCGAUGAAUUCAGCCCUACUACCAAAUGUUUGCAAACGGGCCUGUUGCGAUCGCAACCUUAAUUGUCGUCAUCGCUUUGGUUCUGGCCGUCAGUUAGCUGCCAUCACAGCUCGAGUUGGCAGUGAUCGUUCUUCGCCCAGUGGCCAAAGUGAUCAAGCAUUGAGUGUGGCCCAAACCACGAAGGCGACCGUGGAAGCCGGCGACAAUGACUACAUUUUGGCUCAUGCACGUGUGCUAGAGGAAACUACCGAAAUGGAAAUGCUAGAUGAAACUGAUUCCGCACUGUCCGAAGAACAGUUCAAAUGCUGGGAAUAUAUGCUGGAGCAGAAUACCCAGCUUUUGUUCGACAAAGAGCUUAAUACCAUAUCAAAGUCGUUUACAAAAAACCGCAAUGCCGAGAGGAAAUCUUUGAACCGUAGUACGCCCGAACGUUAUGACUACAAAUCGAAUUUGUUGAAGCACAGCACUCCAAAAUUCAUUUCGACUAGUUCUCCGCAGUUGCUAUAUUCCGAGGUUAAGAAGGGCAACUCUGGUAGCCAUCAGCAUACCUCUAAUGGCAGUGGGCAGCAGCAGCAACAGGUUUCCUUCCUCUCCAAACAUUUUGGCAGUGCUCGCUCCUUUGGUGCUAGCUAUAACUUUUUCUCCGAUUCCAAGAGCAGGGAUUCAUUGGCCUCCGGCAUGGGCUAUACAAAAUUGGGUGGCGGCCCCAACGCCGCCUAUUUUGGUUCACUACAACGUCUGAUGCCAUAUAAUUUGGAAUAUGACUUUGCCGUUACCCAAGAACGUUCAUAUCUCGACGAGGAUGACGAUGAUGAUUUCAAUGAGCAUGAGCAUCGUAUGCGCAAAUAUUGGGGUGUAGCCACCACGGAGCUAUAAUAUGCAGUGAGUGGU